UAUAUAAAUUAUAUUUUAUUAAAAAAGUUAAAGCACCUUGGUUGGCUUGUUCGUCCUAAUUAAAUUAAAAUAAAAGUAGGGGUUGCUCGCUCAUCGGUACUAUAGCGUACUGUAUUACCACCCCAAAUGUCAAACGUCAAAAUUUGUUGUCCCAUAUGUUGUUAUUUAACACAAAUAGAUAAUUUAUUAAUUUAUGCUGUAUUGACCGUUCUUAUCUGAAAUGAGAAUUUAUUUUUAUAAAAGUGUUACCACCAUAUCACCAUUUAUAUUGCUAGGAAAAAUCUGAUUUUGUUGUAAAAAAGUCUGAAUAUUUAAUAAGUCGAAAAAAUGGAUAUUGCAAAAUCCAUUUUUAGUCAUAGAGACCGUGAAGGUUACGUGGGCAAAGAAGAUCAUAAUAAACGUGAAAUUGAAUUGGCAAUUUCAGAGGAUGAUGUUGAUGAUUACUUUAUUGAAAACUUCUCUGAGGGCCUAAACAUGAACGAUUUACUUACACCUAGUCCUGGCGGUCCAUUUUCCGCCUUAACUCCUAGCAUGUGGCCCCAAGACAUCAUGGCAAAAUUAAGUGUAGUUCCUGAUGACCCCAAUUCCCAACCAGAAUACAGAUUUGAUGAAUUUGGGUUUCGCGUUGACGAAGAGGACGGUCCUGAGCAAAAUUCUAACAAGUUGUUAGGAAUCCCUUUUGUGGAAGACCCUCAAGAUAGACUUCAAUGGGUUGCUCAUUUAGAAUUUUCUCAUAAUAAGGAAGUGUCUGAUUUGACAUGGGAUAAAGUCGAAGUCAAGUUGCCCAGAACUGACAAGUUGCGCUCAAUGGUCAGAGCGGGGAUUCCCCACUCUUUGAGGUCCCAAAUGUGGAUGAGAAUGUCAGGAGCGUUGGAGAAGAAACAACAGUCGGAAUUAAGUUACAAAGACAUCGUUAAAAUGUCCAGUAAUGACUCUUUAAUGACUUCAAAGCAAAUUGAAAAAGAUUUGUUACACACGAUGCCAACAAAUGCCUGUUUUAGUCACAUUAAUAGUACUGGAAUCCCAAGGUUGAGACGGAUUUUGAGGGGAAUUGCUUGGCUUUAUCCAGAUAUAGGGUAUUGCCAAGGGACUGGAAUGAUUGCUGCGUCGCUUCUUCUUCUUCUUGAAGAAGAAGAAGCGUUUUGGAUCAUGGUAACAAUAGUUGAAGAUCUCUUACCUGCUUCUUAUUACAGCUCAACUUUGUUAGGAAUUCAAGCUGACCAAAGAGUGUUACGCACAUUAAUAACGAAUUUUUUGCCAGAUAUUGACGAAACGUUAAAAAAUCAUGACAUAGAAUUAUCUCUAAUAACGUUACAUUGGUUUUUAACGCUAUUUGCUAGUGCUGUCCAUAUGAAAAUAUUGCUGAGAUUAUGGGAUUUAUUUUUCUUUGAAGGAUCUAUAGUAUUAUUUCAAGUAACUUUAAGUAUGUUAAAAAUGAAAGAACCUCAACUGAAACAACUCGAAAAUUCUGCUCAAAUUUUUAACGCAUUAUCUGACAUUCCUGGAGAUAUAGAUGAUGUAGAAAAAUUAUUUGAAGUGUCUCAAACUUUGACCACUUCAUUGAACGAAGUUAUGAUAGAGACUUAUAGGAGACGACAUUUGGCAUAUCUUAUGGCGGAUCAAGGAGCUUUAGUUGGCAACCCUGAAGCUGCACCUAACUUACCCAAACAACAUCUAGCAAGGCGCCAAGUUAAGAAAAAUAAGUCUGUUAUUCAACUGUUGCUUUUCAACGAAAACACUGAAGACGACAUUAAGUGCAAAAAUAUCAAACAAACUGAGAUUUUAGUAGACUUACGAGAGGCAAUUUUGCAGAUUGCGCGUCAUUUUUUGCAAGUGGAUCCGAAAUUAAGCACUGAAAUUUCCUUAGUUGCCGAUUAUUCAAUGGAAAGUCAUGCAACCGAUCAUGACAAUUAUAUAGAUGUUUCAAAAAAUCGGAAAAGGCGGGCUAAAGCUUUACUAGAUUUCGAACGUCAUGAUGACGACGAGUUAGGUUUUCGUAAGAACGACAUUAUUACUAUAAUAAGUCAGAAAGAUGAGCAUUGUUGGGUGGGAGAAUUAAACGGAUUGAGAGGGUGGUUUCCUGCAAAAUUUGUCCAAUUAUUAGAUGAAAGAAGUAAACAAUAUAGUAGUGCCGGGGAUGAUAGCAUUUCUGAAACGGUUACAGAUUUAGUCAGGGGGACUUUGUGUCCAGUUAUUAAACAAGUAUUAGAACAUGGGAUGAAAAGGCCUAACUUUCUUGGUGGACCUUGCCAUCCUUGGCUCUUCAUAGAAGAAGCGGCAACAAAAGAGGUUGAAAAAGACUUUAAUUCGGUUUAUAGUAGGCUAGUUCUUUGCAAAACUUACAGAUUAGAUGAAGACGGAAAAGUUUUAACUCCGGAAGAAUAUUUUCAGUUGCUGUAUCGCUGUGUCCAGUCUGUUAACUUGUCUCAUGAUAACGCGCAUGCUCAAAUGGAUGUUAAACUGCGCUCUUUAAUUUGUAUGGGUUUGAACGAACAAGUUCUACAUUUAUGGCUUGAAGUUCUAUGUUCAUCUAGUGAGGUUGUUCAGAAAUGGUACCAUCCAUGGUCAUUUGUUUAUAGUCCAGGUUGGGUACAGAUAAAAUGUGAUUUACGAAUUUUAUCACAACUAUCGUUUAAUUUAAACCCUGAUUGGGAACUCCCCGUUAAAAAAGAAACUAACAACCAACCACUGAAGGAUGGUGUUCGUGAUAUGUUAGUCAAACAUCAUUUAUUCAGUUGGGACAUCUAAACUGUAAAUAUAAUUCUGUCCAUAACAAAUGCCUUCAAUUAUGUUUCUUGUCAUAGCUUUAAUUAGGUUGGGAGAGUUUUGUCACGAGGGUAGCAAGCGAAUGACAAUAACACCCAACUAGACUUUCAUACAGAUUAUUUUUCUAAGUACCAACUAGUGCAAUAGUUAAAAAUGACUCAAUUUAAACACUUUUAUUUAUUACUUUUGUACAAAUUUAAUGACCAAACAGUAAAUUCUAAAAAUUUAAUGCAAAUAACCAAAAGAUCACAUUCCAUAAUCUCAUUUGUCCAGUGUAUUAAUUACUAAGUUAUUGUUCUUAAAUUUAAUUACAUAUGUAAUAAAAAUUC